GGUCCCAUGUUUAUUGGUCUCUACAUCAAUGUCAUCCUUCUGGGCAUCAUCGGCACCCAGAUGUAUAUGUAUCUGAAUACGUACAGGAAGGAUCGAUUAUGGAUGAAGAUCGUCGUUCUCUGCGUCGCAAACGUCGCAAGCACGCUUUUCUUCUGCAUAUACCUAUAUGCGUCUCUCAUCCUCCAUUUCGACCCUGCGCUUACGGGCAUCAUCGGGGGAAUGGUCCAACUCUUCUUCGCGUGGAGAGUCAAGGUCCUCACCGACAACCCCUGGCUCGUGACAAUCGUGGGGGCCUUCGCACUGACUGGAACUGGCGCCGCUAUCGCAACCUCCUUCGAAGUAGGGAAAACCCCCGAAUUCAUCCAAUUCCAAAACUUCAAGGCCGUCGUCAUCAUCUGGCUGGGGGCUGCGUGUCUAUCAGACAUUCUCAUCUCUGGAAUCCUCGUCUGGCAUUUGCGCAAGACUGGAUUUCAAGGCACCGAUGAACUCGUCGAUCGAAUCAUCCGAUUGACCGUCCAAACCGGUCUCACCACCUCCAUCUGUGCGAUUAUAGACCUAGCUGUCUACCUUUCAGACUCCACCGGAAUGCACCUCAUGUUCAAUUUUCCGCUGUCUAAGCUCUACACAAACGCGAUGAUGAGCACGUUGAACUCGCGCCGGGGAUGGAACUUCAGUGAUCCAGAAUCCAGCUCGCAUACACACUCCACCAGCGGCAUUCUUCGAGAGCCAAACAAAAAGGUUUGUUUCAGGACCAUCAAAGAACAGCUAGCUAGACUCAUCCACAUCGCUUCUAGAAACACAUCUUUCGCGUAGAAACGACCCGUCCGCAGGUCUUCGUUGACGUUGAACAGCAUGUCGAACAGCAUGAGAUGCACACGGCCAAUCUCGCUGAAAGACGCCCCCAUGCCAAUAAUGACGACUACGAUGUGAAGUCUUCUUCGCCCAGCGACUCACUGACGGCCGCAGAAUUGCCCGCGGCGCCCUGGGAGAGCAAAGGCGGUAACAUCGCAUGAGAAUGCCAAAUUCUUUUUUCCUUUACACUUGGGAUUUCCAGCACGCCCGACGGGCUUUUCGUAGAGUGAAUCAGCGAUAUAUAAUAUAACCCUAGAAUAAACUACUCCA